CUAUACCACUUAUUUCAUCAAUCUUUCUUCAAAAACGCCUCAAUCAUGGUCGGAGGAAGAUCAAAGUCAAAGGCUUUGAAGAAGAAAAGCACCGCCGAACCCUCAAGCUCCGCGCCUCCUCCGUUCCCAUAUUUGGACGGAUCCUUAUUGGAGUUCGGGUCGGAGGAGGAACUCAACCGGUUCCUCACGCUCUUUGCCAAGCGUCCCAUUUCUCCGCCUAGGGUGCUGCCGGAGUUGUACCCUCAACAAAAGGGGUACCACGAGCGGAUUGCGGCUCCAUCGCCCUUCAACGAGGACUUGAAGGCGAUUCAUGCCAUCAUCCACGGCGCCUCCAUCAAUUGGGCGAAAUUCGUGAUGAUCCACAUGGCGGAUUGCGCCUCCAUCGCCACUGAGCGGAGCUUGCCAUACGCCUUCCUCGUCAUGGACCUCAUCAUCUCCGCCGACAUCUCCAUCGCCGGCCCGGAUACGAAGAUGACAAAGAUUUGGAUAAUUCAAGACAGCACCUUCCGGAAGAAGUCCGGAGACCGGGACGGCGCAGGCCCAAGUCGUGCACCUGCCCCCGCUCAAGCCAAGGCCUCUCUGCAAUCCAUAGCCGAUACUCUGAACCGGCUAACCCUCAUAGUGGAUGGCAUGGGGCAGUCAAUCGAGCGGAUGGACUGGACGCUGCAACGCCAACACCUCGACAUGACGGCGUUCUUCCGCGGCGUCAACUACGUCCCGCCGCCCUUUGACAGCACCUUCCUCGGCCAAAACUAUGAAGGCGAGGACGAGGAGGAUAACUCCUAUGCUCCAUCCUCCUCCCCCGACGAGGCCGACUUUGAAGAUUCGGUCGACGGCGAUCCCAUGGACGUCGAGGACGAUGAGGACGCCGAUGCUUAGACUUUUUUUUCUCUUCUUCAUAUGAUUGUUUUGAUAAUGCCAAACCGCCGUGAUCAAGUCAAACAUUGAAUAUACAAGGCGAAGAACGAAGAUAAGAGCAAGAGCUAAACGAAGACCAAGAACGAAGACCUUAAUCAUAGUAUUGAGUCGGUCUUUAUUGUGAUCAAGACCGACCCAAUCUUUACACCUUGGCUCUUAAGGCUAAAAUCACUCAUUGCAUUUCUUACAUCAUAAAAACGUUUUUCAAAU